CUACUCAUGAUGGUUUUAAGCUCACACACUGUAAAAACUCAAGGACAUUAACUUGCCGAUACUGCCGAUAGAUCCAGUAUACUGUCUGGCUAAAUAUUAAACACCGUCGUAUCUAAAAUGAGUUGGAGGAUUCCAGGCCUUAUUCAGAGCUUUACCUCAAUAAAAAAUCUGUUUUCUCAAAAUCAGAUUAACAAAUCUUGUCUAGUCUGCUGGUAUUCAACUAGAAAAAUUGGGGAAGUGAUUGAAGAUGUGACUAAAAUUAGAAACAUUGGUGUGUCUGCUCACAUUGACUCUGGCAAGACAACACUGACAGAGAGGCUGCUUUUCUACACAGGGAGAGUGGAUGAGAUGCAUGAGGUGAGAGGCAAAGAUCAAGUGGGAGCUAAAAUGGACUUCAUGGAGUUGGAAAGACAAAGAGGAAUCACAAUUCAGUCAGCAGCUACCUAUGUGAUGUGGAAAGAUCACAAUAUAAAUAUUAUUGAUACCCCAGGCCAUGUUGACUUCACCGUUGAGGUGGAGAGAGCCUUGAGAGUUCUUGAUGGGGCCAUCCUGGUCUUGUGUGCAGUGGGAGGUGUCCAGAGCCAGACAUACACUGUCAACAGGCAGAUGAAGCGGUACAAUGUGCCCUGUGUGGCUUUCAUCAAUAAACUAGACAGAAUGGGCUCUAAUCCAAAAAGAGUUAUGCACCAGCUCAGGUCCAAGCUACAACAUAAUGCUGCCUUCAUCAACAUUCCUAUUGGGCUGGAGGGCAAUCACAAAGGUAUUGUUGAUCUAAUUGAGGAGAAAGCCAUUUACUUUGAAGAACCAUUUGGAAUAACUUUACGAGAAGAUGAAAUUCCCGCUGACCUGAGAGCAGAGGCUAAAGAUAAAAGACAGGAAAUGAUCGAAAUGGUAGCCAAUGUAGAUGAUAAACUUGGUGAGAUCUUUUUGGAAGAGAAGACUCCAACAAAACAAGAUAUCAAGGCUGCUAUAAGGAGAACGACAAACAAAAGAAAUUUUACCCCAGUCCUUGUGGGAUCUGCAUUAAAAAACAAAGGGGUUCAGACCUUGCUGGAUGCUGUAUUGGAUUAUCUGCCCAAUCCUUCUGAAGUCAACAAUAUUUGCUUGGACAACAGUGCAGGCAUUGAUAAAGCUGUGAAAAUAUCUUUGAAUCCUGAACGCUCCAUGGACCCACCAUUUGUUGGUCUAGCUUUUAAACUUGAGGCUGGUAAAUUUGGUCAGCUGACAUACGUGAGGGUCUAUCAAGGAGGCAUGAAAAAAGGGGACACAAUCAUCAACACAAGAACACAAAAGAAAACCAGAGUACAGAGACUUGUCAGAAUGAAUGCUGAUGAAAUGGAGGAUGUUACAGAAGUGUUUGCUGGAGAUAUAUGUGCUCUGUUUGGCAUAGAAUGCUCCAGUGGUGACACUUUUGUUAUGAAAGGAAAUCUACAUUUAUCUAUGGAAUCCAUGUUUAUCCCAGACCCUGUCAUAUCCAUGUCCAUUAAGCCUAUAAAGAAAACAGAUAUUGACAACUUUUCGAAAGGCAUAGCCAGGUUCACGAAAGAGGACCCAACAUUUCGAGUUUACUGGGAUGACGAAUCGAAGGAAACUAUUGCAUCAGGGAUGGGCGAGCUUCACCUUGACAUUUAUGCUCAGAGGUUAGACAGAGAGUAUAAUGCCAAAUGUGUUCUUGGAAAGCCGAAAGUAGCAUUCAGAGAAUCUCUAGUGGCACCUUGUAACUUUGACUACUUGCAUAAGAAACAGACAGGAGGUCAAGGACAGUAUGCCAGGGUUAUUGGCGUUGUUGAGCCCCUGCCACCAGAUGAGAACACCAAACUAGACUUUGUGAGUGAGAUAGUUGGCACUAGUGUACCUAGACAAUUCAUUCCAUCUGUUAAAAAUGGUUUCCUCAAAGUCUGUGAGAAAGGAGGUCUUUCAGGUCACAAAGUUGCUGGGAUCAGGAUGCGCCUUCAAGAUGGUGCCAACCAUGCUGUAGAUUCCAGCGAUCUUGCAUUUCAAACCGCAACAGAACUGGCAAUGAAAGAAGUAUUUGAGGAAGGCCAAUGGACUGUACUUGAACCUGUGAUGCUUGUGGAAAUCAAUGCCCCGGAAGAAUACAGAGAUAGUGUAUUGGAGAACGUUGUGAAGAGGAGUGCCAUUAUCCAGGGCACAGAUACAAAUGAGGGAUCUUUUACCAUUUAUUGUGAGGCUCCACUUAAUGAAAUGUUUGGUUAUGCUACUGAGUUAAGAACACUGACACAAGGCAAAGGAGAAUUCACAAUGGAAUACAGUCGUUACUGUCCAGCCAAGUCAGAGACCCAAGACAAGCUGGUGCAAGACUUUCGAGGGCCUACAGACGAGCAGCAAAAAAAGAAAAAAAAUUGAUAAUUGUUCAGUUUAGUUGCCUCUCCACCCCUUCCCCUAUUGGAAACAUUGAUACAUAUUAAAUGCACCCUUUAACUGGACAUACUAUUGACAAAAUUGAUCAGUGUUGAAUUGAUUAGCUGACAAAUAUCUUUUGUUGAAGAGAGAUGCAUUUCCUGGUCCUUAAAUCCUUAUCUAUUUGAAUUUAUAAUUUUAUUUUUAUUAAAAUUGUUGAAAUGUAUAUUUAGAAAAAUCAGUGUCAUUUACCAUGAAUCAUUUGGUAUAUCAUGGCAAUAUUUUUAUUUUCAUUUGUGGAUUUUCAGUAGAGAGUAACUUUUGUCAGACCAAUAUAUCUGGUGAUGCGUGGAUUUUCAGCACAUCGACAAUAUGUGGCGGCUACCAGUAUUUUUAAACUGUUGGUUAAUCAUAGUUAUUGUUUUAAAAUUAUUGUAAAAAAUUGAACUGCCACCUCAUCUGAUGACAAUUUUGUAAUGGUAUAGUGUUUAAACUUGUCAUUAGUAAGCACAGUUAAGGGGUUCAAAUGAUCUAUUUAAAUUAUGUUAGCUCAUAACCAUAUGUUUACAAGUUCUGUGAAUAUUAUUAUUCAUCUGAUGAUUUAACUAGUCCUUUUUUUUUAAUGUUUCAAAACAUCAAAUCUGUUGUUUUUUUCACUGGAUUAAAGACAAAUGUUUUAUUUGAGCACCAGCAUAAGAAUGUUGUAUGUAUACAACCUGUAUAAACUCAUAGUAAAAACAGAAAGUAAAAAGUAAAGUUCCCCUUUCAGGCCUUGUGGUCUAUAGUCCAUCUCAUAGGUCAAGAUGUUUCAUGCCAUACAUUUGUUGUUAACUUGCCUUGGUCCAGCGAGAAAAGUGUUGCCUGUGAGAAUGAGAUAUUGUUGAGCAUUUUAAUAUCAUCAGCAACAUUUUGGUCAAAUGUUUAAUAUUUGUAAAAUAUUUGUAUUUAAUUUGUACACAAAUCAGGUUUUUUUGCAAAUCAAGUUUUGUUCAAAUUACACUUGUCGUGGCUUCACUUAGCCAUUGUUAAAUUGCAUUAUAUCAACUGAUAUCAUUUGAAUGUUGUGACAUUUUCCCUUAUCCAACAAAGUUUUAUUCAAUGGAUUGCUAAUAUUUUUUUUUUUUUUGUUAAAUGGUUGGAAAAGUUGAAAGUGUUGAGGCAGAAAUAAUUUCUUGAGUAAUUACAUUUGAGGCUAGCAGACUUCCCACCAUGCCUUUUGUUUUAACACCCAAAGUUAAAUUUUAAUGAUAUUUUUUUAAUUUGUGUACAUUCUGCAUAAUUUAAUGCUUCAAAAAAAAAAAAAACCCUACUACAGUUAAGGAUUAUUGUGUUUGAUACUUUGUUUUCUUGGCAAUAGUAAUUUUCAAAGAAUUGUUUAAGAAUUGGUUUUAUUACAGUUUAAAUUAUUUACAAUGCUGGCAUUGAAAAUAUUGGAAUAAUGGAAGUCCUUGUAGUCUUAUUGUGUUUAUGACAAUAAUACUUAGUGGAUACACUUGAACAUCUUACUUAUUGUCAGUCAAAACUAGAAGCUUUUUAGCUGGAUAUUUUUUGUGAGGCAAGUGAAAGUAUGUAUCAAGUCACUACUUGAGUCAUUUAUAAAUAGUAUUGACAUACACAUGAUUUAACUUAAAAAAAAACAUAACAUUUGUGAUUUUAUACUAUUGGGUGUAUAAGCUUUCUGUAUUUCAAUUAUUAUCUUAUAAGUUAAUUUUCAUUUUCUUCAUAUGUGAAUGCCACAAGUAAAUCUUUUGUAUGAAAUUUUAUGUAAUAAAUGAAAAAAAACAA